AAUCCAGAUCCGGUGCAGAGCUUGAGGGCUACGCCGACGGGAGGUGCUUGACUACAUCUUGCCGCAAACCAUCGACGUGCACCACGUCGCCGCCUUCUACGAGGAUGUACUCUGCUCCGCGCGCGUCCCUUCUCCCUAUGGUUUCCAGGUCGUCUGUCUCCUCCUCACGGGCACCUCCGCCGCCAUGGGCUACUGCACCCAGGGGGUGCGGGUGCCCCGCCCGCGUAGCUGCCCAGGAUGCACCACACGGCCUUCUUGAAGCCCGCUUCUGUCACAUCUGCAACAAGGAGGAGCCCACCCUGCCAGCAGCCAAGCUGCAGGGUUGGUACCUCGCUGCUUUCCUGUAGUGCCGAUGAGCCAUGGUGUCGGUCAAAUGGUGUUCAAAAUAUAAAUGUCGGAGCUGCUACCUCAUUUGCAGUGAUUAAUUUCCCAGUGCUUCUCAUUGAUGAUUUCAGUACACCGGAAAAGAACCAAUCAUUCUCUAACGAGCAUUUUAACAGGGUUUCUAUCAUUUGUGAGACGAAGAAUCAGGAGUACAAAUGGAGAGAAGAAGCAUUUAGGAAAGGCUUCCCUUGCUUACCAACCACAUGAAACAAGAUGAGCAAGAAGAAGUUGAGCUAGAGGCAAAGGUCAACUGACGUGUUUUCUAUGUACCAUGAAGAUAGUAAAACUGAUGCAAUUUUAGUUGCAAUGGUUCUCGGUCAUGUACUAAAAUGGCCAUCUCAUGUUAUGUAACAUUUGAUAUGCAUGCAAGUGGAUCAGAAGGACCCAGAAAAUGGAUACCUUGCUGAAAUCCAUUUUCACCAUUAUAUUCAGAUGUGGGUGUGUAUUGCCAGAUAAAGUUAAUGUUGGCUUUAA